AGCUAUUACAAAGCAAACAAAAGACUUUUUGCUUACUAGAAGCCCCUGCUGUGCAAGAAAAAUCCCACAUUUUUUCCAAGAAAAUGAGUCACCCCAACGUGCGGCACAACGUGGUGCACCCCACGGACAAGAAGGGCACCGUGAAAGAGGAACACUGGGCGGGAAAUCGCGAUGACGUUGCGAGCGCGGCCGCGGCGGCCCAUCCCGGUUACAAACUCACCAUCCUGCAGUACACGGAAGAAGAUGUGGUUACCACGGCGCAGGUCGCGGAAGCGUUUGAUUACGCGUUGGAGGUGAUUGGGAUCGAGGGCGAGGUAUCAUAUGUAAAAACGUCCCCACCUCCCGAUAGUUGUCCUGUAGAUCCGCAAGCCCAAACAUGUCUCUCAUGCGCAGCCGAAUGAGAGAUGCCAUUCUACUCUCAUGCUAUCUGGGAGUUUGUCAUGCUAGAAUCAGGAUAAGAUAGUCAUCAAUUUGUCAUGCGGUUGCACAACUAGCUAAACAGGAUAAUUACACUACGAGCCAGAACUUGUCAUGCUCGACAGCCAAAGCUUGUGGAUUUGUGUAGCAGAUUGACUAUGGGCGGGUGGGGACGUUUUUCCAUAGGAUAUGAGGCGGAGGUGGAUGAGCUGGAUGACGGGAUCGAUCUGACGCUAUUUAUGCAACGAAAAAAGAUUGUAGCGUGUAUAGUAAAGUUGUGUUGCAGACGACGCAAGGAAGGGACACUUGUCAUGCUGAGUAUGGCUUACAGGCUACGCUAGUCUCAUGUCCUCACAUACGAUCUGCGCAUGACAAGUUUCUGCUGUCAUGCCAGACACGGCAUUUGUAAUGCUGUUCCUGCAAAAAAGUUACACCUACAAUGCUUUUUUUCUUGGAUACUGUUUUUCAACAUCACGCUCGUCGAGCCCGUAUCCUGUGCAAAAGUAUCGUACUCGUAGUAAUCGCAAUUAUGCAUGACAAAUCGCCUUCCGAAGCAUAAGCUAAAACAGCAUGACAAAGUCCAUUUCACAUGCUAAGGAAAUUUGUAAUGCAGUUUAUACUAGUGCGAUAGGAUACUUUUGUAAUGCAUAGCCCGGGGUGAAAAAGGACCCGCACUCGCGCAUGAACGCGCAGCAAGGGUUGUAUGAAACUGUCAGGAAUGGAAUUGUCAAAGUUGAAAUAGUUUGCGAUGCAUUAAAUGGAUGGCGAGUCAAAAGCCCAAUUUCUAAGCAGCGCAUGACAAAUCUCGGCACCGUCUAAAUCCAGUUUGUCAUGCUGUUCAGAGACAGACGGCGUCUUUUGUCAUGCUAUUUUAGCAGCUCUAUAAUUGCCGACCCCAAACAGGCUUACAGUCGGCCUCACUUGCCAUCCCUGCAAGAGAGGCACUUCAUGCGUUGCAAUUCCUGCAUGAGAAAUUAUUUCAACUUUGACGAUUUCAAUCCUGACGCUUCCAUAGGUUGCAGGUGUACGUUAUGGUGGACGAAGAUAUCAAACAAAAAAGUGUUAACGUUAACGGUUUUCAUAGAUUGCAAAUAUGCAUCACAAAUCUUGCCUAGCAUGCAUUCUAUGCAUGACAAAUUUCUGCACGUUUUGUGAUGCAUUACUGCAUCACAAAUUCCGUUGUUAACACUUUUUCCUGUGAUAGAAGAGUCGGGUGACAAAGCGUGGAUGGACGAACUAGUGCAGGAGUACUACAUAGAUAUUUCGACUGCAUUUGUUCAUCAUUUGUUGUGUACAACUGCUUGCUAGAUUUUUCUCGAGCUCUAAGUCUAACUUUCUGUAAAAAUUGUCUCAUCGAACACGAACAACUAAACCAUUAUGCAAAGAAAAAUCCUGCUAAGGUAUCUCUCCCGUGUGGCUUACAUCCAGGGUUUCCAGGUGGACGAAGUGACCAUCAUGAACAAAAGACCCCCACCGAAACCGCCGAAACCCAAAGCAAAGCCACAGCCGCCGCCGGCCCCCGUUGUAGUACCCGGUGCGGCUUCGUCGAACUACGGACAACAACAGCAGUCGUGGCAGGAAGAAAGCUGGCCGGAGGAAAGCUGGCCGGAGGAAAACUGGACCGCCUGGCCGGAGCCCGACCCCUGGCAGGAUCCCAUGCAGUGGGAGGACCCAAUUCCGGCGUCAACCGGUCCGGUUUUAUCCUACGUAAAAACAUCCCCGCCCCAUAGUUGUCAUGCAAAUCCGCAGGGUGAAGAUGUUUCUCAUGCGGAGGGUCAAGCUGAGUCACUACGGCCGCCACGCACAAAUUAAGCCUUUAAGUUGUCGCUGUGCCCCAGGUGGGUUGCCAGUCAGCAGUGCCAAACAACUGGUCUAUGGUUUGACAACUGUGGCCCGCUCGCUUGCCUUUUUCGUCCGUGCCGCAGGUAAGGCGCAAACGGUCCAGCCUCCCCUGUCUGGGCGGGGCUGCGGCUUAGGGGAGAGUCUCGCCCCUUCACCCAAAGGGGUACGUCGUCUCUUCCGUGAGAACAAAAACGUAGGGCGUAAAAUGGGUCGGGUCCUGGAUCAUUCUGUAUGUUGGACCGUCGCGCUCGGCUUGCUGGCCGGGCUGUACCGAUCAGGUGUGGUGGGUAGCUCCCGACUGGUUGGCACUUUUCUUGGGGCGACUUGCCGUGGUAGCGCUCGGCUUUUGUAUGAUGAGGUCGCCGAAAGUGCUUCCUCGCCCACCCCCCGGGGAGGGGAUCCUUGACCUGUGGCGCUGGGAGCGGGUGUCCACUACAUGAUGAUGAUGCGGAGCCCCAUGCGAAGCAUUUUCUAGUCGUGUUUUGGAACUUGUGAUGCUCGAAGAAGCACGAUAUGCUAGAUCUGUGUUGCUGCUGGAGGUAGCUAAACAGGAUUACAUUACGAGUCAAAACUUGUCAUGCGCAGCAGCCAAAGCUGGUUGAUUUGUCUUGCAGAUUUCCCAUCUUGACUGUGGGGUGGGGACGUUUUUACAUAGGAUAGAUUUACUCCGAGAUUUUCACCAAGGGCGACAAGGGGGGAUAUGGGAAAAAAGCCUCGGGAAAAGCGGAUUUCGGAGCACGGCAAGCACUAGAGCACGAAUUCGACGAAGAGGAACCGGAUGAAAUAGUCGAGAUUGAAGAGGAACCAGAAGAGGACUUAGGCCCGGGCUGUUUCGAACAAUGCCUCGCCUGGUGGGAAAACUUCAAGGACAACACGCUUUUGCCCUGCUGCGUAUGCAAUACAAAUUUCCUCUACGCGACGUGCUGCAACAUGCAUCACAAAUUUCGCCAACUUGAACCAUGACGCUUCUCAUGCUGAAUAGGAUGAAUCGAAAUUUUGUCAUGCAGAAACCGCGUCUGUACGUGUGUGGGAAAUUUACUGUGGAUACUGCCUGUCCUGCGGCCACCUGUGCAUGCAGCUCUUCCUCCUUCUCCUAGUAAUCGCCCUGCUUUCCGGCGUGGUCUGGCUGGGCUACAAGGGGUAUCUGAACUUCAUCUGGACUUUUUUCAAGUGGGUGUUCAUGAGCCUGAACGCGCUAUUGUUCCCUCCCCCGCCCCCGCCCCCGCCCGACUACGUCGCUUUGACCGCCAUCGAAGCCGUGCAGAAGGGGUGCGGCAUAUGGGAAAUCCGAAAACCAAACACCCUGGUAAAAGUGAACUAUCCUGUGCAAAAGUACUUAUCGUACUCGUAUUAAUUGCAAAUACGCAUGACAGAUCUUCUUCCGAAGGUAAAACAACAUGACAAAUUGCACUUUUCCUCUUACAAAAAUUUGUCAUGCAGAAGUUCCUACUAGUACGAUGAUUUUGCAAUGCAUAUGAACACCACAGCGGCGAUUCGUGAAAUUUUAUGCACUGCAAAAGUAUCGUACUCGUACAAAUGCAUUACAAACUUCCUCAGCAUGAGAGAAAUGCGGAUUUGGCUUAACAAAUGAAAUUUGUAAUGCAUGAUUGCAAUACUUUUGCAGUGCAUAAAUUUUUCGGGACAGCGAAAGGAAGUACCCCUACAAAAAGGUGUUUUUGAAGGGAGAGUACCGAAAAGGCACGUGUCCCAAACUGCCGGGAAAGACUUCUGGCGAGGGUGGAAAUAAGGGGAAGGCAGCAGCGGGGGCAGAAGAUGACGAGGACGAUAGUGAUGACGGGGAAGAUGGUGACAAACGUUCUAGCGACGAAGCGGCUGACAACAGCGGAGAUGAAGGAUCAGAUGAUGCCGAUAAAACUGCUCCUUCUGCUGCGACGACAAGACAAAACGCCGCAAGUGCAACAUCUUCCUCGGCUGCGUCAAAAAACAAACAGGCCCCUGCGGCUGCCGGCAAGAAGGCGCCAGAGGACUCGGAUGCCGCUGCCUCGGGCGACAGUGAGGACUCUGCUUCGUCGAAGAAACAGGCCCCUGCGGCUGCCGGCAAGAAGGCAGAGGACUCGGGAGGCGACAGUGGUGACGAUGAUAUUGAUUCCGGUUCAGGAUCUGGCGAAGACUCUGGCAGUUCAGCCAGUGACGACGACGAAGACAGCGACAGCAAAACUUCUGGCAAAAAAGCUGCUGCGGCAAGCACCAGUUCUGCUUCUUCCUCUUCGUUUCUCGAGUAUGGAUUGCAAAAAUGUCUGGGUCUGGAAGAAUGCCAGACUUGUGAUGCAGGUUUUGCAUGACGUGUGAGGUCUGUGAUGCAUGCCGUAGCGUCACAGAUUCUGUGAGAUCUUUACCAUGCCUUUUCCGCAUGAGGAACUGCCUCUCGGCCUUCUCAAAAGUGAGCAGCUUUAUUGGUAAUCAUGCAACACAGAUUUUUGUAUGAUUCAGAUUUAGCAUGACAAGUUGCACUUUUCCAGACGCAGACAUUUUUACAGUUGAUAUCGAGCGGAUAAAAACCAAAGCGAGGCGGUUCGGGAAAAUGUUGAGUAGACGGAUUUUUGGGAAAAAUAAGCAACGGUGGUGGGCGGAGCGCGGAGAAAAACCAAGUGAGGACGGGGCUUCUACUUCAGUAGCAAAACUGAAAACAAAGACGUCCAACCUGCGCGGAGCGGCUGCAAGUUUAAAGCGGAGUGCGGCAGUAGAGAACACGGUAGUAGACGGACCUGCGCAGGACGAGGUGGUAGCUGCAGCAGCAGCUGACGGAGGCAGCGGGGUAGAUACAGGAGUGGUGGAGCCCACCAGUGGUACAGGUUCAUCACCGACGACAAUUCCAAACAGCGAGUCACAGGCCGCGAGCUCUUUCCUGCAGACAGAAUCAGAAGCACAGGCACAUGAGGCAGUAGUAGAGGAAGAAAAAGUUCCUGGAACUGCAAGUAGUGCAGGAGCAGUGCCUGAACUAGUACAACAAGCGACUUUAAUAUCUUCUGCGCCAAAGUCUGGCUCUGCACUUCAGGUUGGACAAGAGGAGGACAAAGCAACGACGAGUACAUCUUCAGGUUUGACGUCGAAAACAGCAGCUUCUGUUGAAAAAGCUUUGUCUGCUCUAUCUACUGCUAGUACAACAACAUCUUCAGGAAGGAAGUCUUCUUGGACGUCGAAGAAGCGUCGGCCACGAAAGUUGAAACGGGCGAACAUCAAGAAGCACAAAAGUACACAACCUAGUAUUGUUGGCGCUUCCUCAACAGCAUCCUCUUCGAGUAGUGCGCUGCAGAAAACCAAAACAGGAAAAAAGGACAGCGACAGUGAUGGAGAUGGUGCUGACAGCGAUAUCAACCUGGACCCGGAUUCUGACGACGACUUCGACCCGUUUCACGGCGAAGAACCCGUUUGCACAGGCCGCAUGAUACACGCCUACCUCGACACCGAAACGGACGACUUCAUGUGCCGUCUCUCCUGGCUCUUCCUCCCUGGGGGGAAAUACGCUUGGCGCGCGCAGAUGAUAAAAUUGGACAACGGGAGGAAACCGUGGCAGGUAUGAGAGUGCACAACUACCCCUUCCCCUCAUUUGUAUUGCAUGAACAGCAACACAAGCAACAGCAGAAAAGAGGCUUUCGCAUGACAAAUCUGCAUGCGGAUAGUAGUACCAUUUUCUAAGGUUCCAAAAUUUGUCAUGCUAACAGUGCCUACGAACAGGGUGUGAAUUUGGUAUUUUGCAUUACAAAUGAGGGGGAGGGGGAGUUGUGCAGUCUCAUAACACGCACCGAAGGAAAAGGAGAAGGGAAAAGACGCAACGGCGGGCAAGAAGCAAGACAAAGAAUCCGCUGAAGAUGAUGAAAAUGACAGUGCUAGCCUGAGUAAAAACGUACCCACACCAGAGUCAAGAUGGGGAAUCGGCUAGACAAAUCCACAAGCUUUGGCUGUUUUGCAUGACAAAUUUGGAUUCGUAGUGUAGUGCUGUUUGAGCUAGCUCAGCAGCAUUACAGAUCUAGCAUACCAUGCUGAUUGGAGCAUGACAAAUUGCAAAACACGACUAGAAAAUGCUUCUCAUGGAGCUCCGCAUGAGAAACAUUUUCAGCAUGCAGAUUUGCAUUACAACUCUGGUGUGUGUACGUUUUUACUCAGAAUAAGUGCGGCCGGAUCUGCAGGAGGCUCGGGCGAGGAUGGUGCCGCUGCGUCAGGUAGUGCGAGUGGUGAGGAGGAGGACGAUCCCGAUGCUUCGUUUGCGGAAUUGAAAAGGAAAAAUAGGCACAAGCUGCAAGACUAUCAACUGUAAAAAUGUCUGGGUCUGGAAGAAUCCAACUUGUCAUGCUGAUUUUGGAUUCUAAAAAAAUCUAUAUUGCAUGAGCAGCAAAAGAGGUGCGUUUUGUGCUACGCAAGGAGGGCACUGCGCAUGCGGUAUGAGCAUCAGAAUGCCCUCGGAAAAUCUCUGAUGCUAGGGCAUGCAUCACAGACCUCAUGGGUCAUGCAAAAUCUGCAUGACAAACUCCUGCAUUCCUCCAGACCCAGACACUUUUGCAAUCCAUAAAGACCACGGAACAACAGCAAUAAGUGGAGUUGCUGAUAAUGAUGCUCCUGCCGCGCAAAAUGGUGUCAAAACUACGGAGAACAGAAGGCAGAAGCGUGGAAAUCUUCGCGGCGCGGGCAAGAUGCAGAAAACCACUAGCUCAUCGGAUGAAAUGAGCAGUGUUCUUUCCUCGUCCACCAGCACUUCAGGCGCCUUGAAUAACAAUCCACAGCCGGCAUCCGCUUUGGAAGCAGGAGCAUCGGAAAAUAAAUUACAGGUUGUGGGAAAAACGAACCUUCGUGGCGGGAUCAAGCAGAUGAACUCCGCUGCUGAUAUAAUCACCUCUGCUACUGCUACGCAGGAUCAAGAUCAACAGAAACAGAAAGAAGAACCAAAAGCAGAAGCACUGCCCGCAGGACGAAAAGAAAAAUCAACCUCACUGUCCACUUCCAGCUUAACAAACGACGCUGGCAAUGCGAUAGCUCACGAUAAUGCUGCCCCUGCGGACAACGACAAACAUGGUCUUCAUGAUUUAGAUCAUUCCUCACUAAAUCCAGUACCAACAUCAACUCCCGCCUCUUCUUUCCUAGAAACUAGCUUCACCCGAGAUGUUGAAUCCAAGGAGUUACUACCGAAGAACGACUUUUAUCAUGUGCAAAAGUAUCGUACUCGUACUAAUUGCAAUUAUGCAUGACAAGUCUUAUUUCUUACCGAAAUCAGCAUUACAAAUUCGAUUUUUCCUUCUGAAAAAAUUUGUAUUGCGAUUUAUACUAUUAUGAUACUUUUGCAAUGCAUAACUUUACCGCCAGUACGAUUCGGGCGGUUCCGUUAGCCGAAUUCCUAUAUCAGAGGAAAAAGUGUUAACGUGAACGGAAUUUGUGUUGCAGAAACGCAUCACAAAACAUGUUAUAAUUUGUCAUGCAUAGCAUGCAUAUUGGACUACAUUUGUGAUGCAUGCCUGCAAUCUGUGAAAACCGUUAACGUUAACACUUUUUCUUGUCAUAUCCUAGGGGACGAAGGCAUGGACGACGAGAUAGGGAGUACUAGUGCGAGCGGCUUUCUUGUCGCGAACACAACUACGGGAAACAACAACUUCGAUGGCGCUCAUUCACAACGACCCGCGCAGAUGACCAGUCUCAACCCCAACCCCUUCCUGGAACUCUGGGAAGGGGACAACGGCGAUUUCGGGUGGACAGAAGGUACUGGUGGGGGUCAACAACAUGCCGAGUCUCUUCUGCAACUCGAAGAACGGCAAGACGCAGCGGGACGAGCACCAGCACCGGCGACACACAAGACUGAGGUGAAUGUGGAGGUUGACGCGGCGUCGAGUACUAGCGAAGAAGAUGACACCGGGUCUGGAACCGAAUCGGGAAGCGCCUCUGCGUCGGGGAGCGGGUCGGGAUCUCCUGGUAGCGCUGCCUCGUCCGAAGAGAAGUCCAGUGAGGAAAAAAGUUCGGAAGAAUCUUCCUCUCCGUCGGCGACAUAUGAAAUGCAAAAGCAUCGUACUUGUAUUGCUAUUGCAUUCAUGCGAAUACAAAUCUUUUUCUUGAGGUAGAUCAGCAUUACAAAUUUUAUUUUUCAUGCUGAGUAAAUUUGUAAUGCAUUUAUACGAGUGCGAUGCUUUUGCACUGCAUGCGACACCGGAGAAAAGCGACGAACCGGAAGGGUUGCCGGAUAAAAAUCCACAGUAUGGAAGCGUCAGGACCGAAAUCGACAAAGUUGUCGAAAUAAUCUGUCAUGCAGAAAAUGCGACACAAAAAGUGACUCUAUUGCAGAGAACGCAAAGGAGGCAGAUUGUAGUCCUGCUAAGGGUCUUCAUCAAGAAUUGGGCUGGUGGCUAGUAUGACAGAGGGGAGCUCUUUUGCCCUAAACCGCAUGACAGAUUCGCUUGCAGGACGAAGGAAAUUUGCCAUGCGCCGACUACAAACUGUCGGUCUAACUGGCAUCGAUUUUGCGCAUCACAAGUUUUUCGAUUUUGUCGAUUUCGAUUCUGACACUCCCAUACACAGGGGCUGCCAGAGAAAAAACCAGAAGGGCUUCCGACGCCGACGAAUCCUGCGUAUCAAAUGUAAAAAUGUCUGGGUCUCCCUGGAAGAUUGCAACUUGUCAUGCUGUUUUUGGACUCUAAAAAAAUUUGUAUUGCGUGACCAGCAAGAGGGGUAUAAUUUGUGCUACACGGACAGGGCAUUUCUCAUGCGGAAGGUGCAUCAGGAAGCCCUCUAAAAGUCUGCGAUGCUAAGUCAUGCAUUACAGGCAUCAUGUGCCAUGAGAAAUAGGCAUGACAAAUCUUGCACUCUUCCAGACCUAGACAUUUUUACAUUUGAUACUGCGACGCCAAGACCGAUGAUUCCCUCCACGCCUUCGAUCCCGCCGAAUAUUAUCAAAGAAAAAUAGCUCGUCACGAUCACUCAUGCGCAUUUUUGCAACACAAAAGUGUUUGUCAUGCGUAAAAAUGCAUCACAGCCGAACUUUAUUAGGGAUUUCCCUAGUGUUUCUGCAAUACAAGGAAAAUUUGUGAUGCUAAGAAAAUUUGUAAUGCAAAGCCUGCAAGUUAGUGACUCUGACAAACUUUUUUCUCUCCAUCAAUGUGGUAUGGAAUGUAAAAUCACCAUCAGACCUUUGUUGUACUACUUUCGAGUGCGUAAUAAUUAAAGAGCAAAGAAAUGCAGAAUAAAAAGUAACUUUGCAGCAUUUCAACGCAUGACAUGAUUUCGUUUCCGCAUGACAAAUUGGUGGUGAGGGUGACUUUACGUGGGAUAAAUAAAACCCGACCCAGGGGCGGUCGUGUACAAGGAGCUGCCGGACAUCACGAACGACUCCC